GGCCCUGGGCACCCUUUCUACAGCUUUGCAGCUUGAAUGCUGGGUUGGGAAGAGCUGUGAGAUUGCUGCACUCUGUGGCAUGAAGCACGGGCCUCAUUGUGGUGAUUGACGUGCUCCCUCGCCGUCUUCCGAAAGACAACCACAACGACACCACCUUCCUCGAGUUGCAAAGUCAGACUCGACCAUACAGAGGAACCCACGGCCUUUUUACGAGCAUGCCUUUUCCUUCGCAACGUCAAUGUGCAUGUCGACUGCGGCGGCAAGCAUGGUGGGCUUUUGGGUAUGCCGCUGGGGUUUGCCCCUCCAUCCCUUCUCCUCCGACAACGACGCGGCUGCAAUUGAUGCGAACAAGAAGUAUCCUAUUGCUCAAGGUACACGACUCAAUGCCUUGCAACUCUCGAAGGCGUCGUGCCACGUCGGGAGUGGGGCGCUACGUCGACACCAAUCGCGUCCUCCACACUCACGCCAUGGCGUAGCUGCUCAAUGGCGUAGCCACUGAAAGAGCUUCCUGACUCGAGUAAGCUUUUUGCCUCCUUCAUGAUCCCAGAAGACAAUCUGCUGACAUGACACGACCUCGAGUCCGA